UAGCCACUCCCAUUUCCCACUCCCCAAAAAUCAGCAACCAUUUUCUCCCACUAACCCAAUCACCAAAAAUCCAAAACCCCUAAAACCCUCUCUUCCAAUGGCCGCCGCCGCACCUCCACCGCCCCCAUCCCCGGUCCCGGAGGCCCCCAUCGACGUCCCCAGAGGCUCCACCCCAAUGGGCUACCCUCUCUUCGCCCGUAUCCGCCUGGCCCACCCCACCGACGUCCCCCACAUCCACAAGCUCAUCCACCAGAUGUCCGUCUUCGAACGCCUCGCCGACCAUUGCUCCGCCACCGAAGCCUCCCUCGCCGCCACUCUCUUCACCUCCCCUCCCUUCAAGUCCUUCACCGUCUUCCUCCUCGAAGUCUCCUCCGCCCCUUUCCCCAACGACGCCCAUAGCUCCAACCAGUUCUACCACCCCACUAUCAAAACCCUCAAUCUCGACCUCCCGAUCGACGACCCGGAGAGCCAUGUCUUCCGAUCCAGCGGCGGUGACGCCACCGUCGCUGGGUUUGUGCUGUUUUUCCCGAACUAUUCUACUUUUCUCGCCAAGCCGGGGUUUUAUGUGGAGGACUUGUUUGUGAGGGAGUGCUACAGGAGGAAGGGGAUGGGGAAAAUGCUGCUUUCGGCGGUGGCGAAGCAGGCGGUGAAGAUGGGGUUCGGGAGAGUGGAGUGGGUUGUGCUGGAUUGGAAUGUGAAUGCGAUCAAGUUUUAUGAGGAAAUGGGGGCCAAGAUUAUGCAGGAGUGGAGGAUUUGCAGGCUCACUGGGGAUGCUCUUCAGGCUUAUCAUGAUGCAUAGGUUCAAAUUUCGAUGUUUUUCGAGAAAAAUUGAAAUCGAAAGGCUAGGUUGAUGUUCCUGUUAUGUUUUUAUGUUUUUAUGUUGUUGUGAUGAGGAGAUUAUGAGUGUGGGUGCCAUUUGAUCUACUGGGUGUAAAUUUUUGGGCUCUGGUUGAUGGUUAAUGCUUGUACCCUGUUAUUCUUCUCCAAGAACUUAUCUUUCCUAAUGACAUUUGGCUAAUUUUCGGUU